AUGCGCAGAAAUGAACUGCUGAACAAUUAUUUAUCAAUUUUUCUAAUUCUUACUUUAUCAAUUUUGACCGUCCAUGCCGAAAAAGAUCUCUUGCCUCCAUCCACUUCCAGUGAAACAUUCCUGACCGAUGAAGACUUUCUUAGACCAUUGAAUGACGAUGAAACAUUUCUAACUGAAAAAGACUUCAAAAACGGAGAGAAACUUGGUGAGGAUCACGUGGCAGCGGGCUCGAUUCUCUGGAAACAAGUUUACAAAAAAGGAGAUAUUCGUGGAAAAGCUGCAUGGAAAUUGGAUCCAAAAAAUAGUGAAAGUUUGAGACGAAAUGGAGUGAUAACUGGAACGAGAAAAUGGCCAAACGGAAGGAUUCCAUAUGUGAUAUCAAAUCAAUAUAACGAUAGAGAAAGAGCAGUUUUGGCUAGAAGUUUUCAGGCUUAUCACGAGAAGACAUGCGUUCGAUUUGUUCCACGAACUGCUGUUGAUAACGACUAUUUGUAUAUUGGAAAGAUUGAUGGAUGUUAUUCGGAUGUUGGAAGAGCUGGUGGAAGACAAGAACUUUCAUUGGAUAAUGGAUGUUUGCAGUAUGACACGGCAAUCCAUGAAUUAAUGCAUUCCGUUGGUUUCUAUCAUGAACACGAACGAUGGGAUAGAGACGAACAUAUCACUAUUCUUUGGCAUAAUAUUGAUCGUGAAGCGUACGAUCAGUUUGGAAAAGUAGAUUUAGCUGAGAGUUCUUAUUACGGUCAACUCUACGAUUACUAUUCUAUCAUGCAUUAUGACUCUCUUGCCUUUUCGAAAAAUGGAUUUGAAACGAUGGUCGCAAAACAACCAGAGAUGACUGCUGUUAUCGGAGCAGCGAUAGAUUUCAGUCCGAUCGAUAUUCUGAAAAUGAAUUUGAUGUAUCAGUGCAGUGACGUCAAACUUCCAUCGGUUAUUGUAGCAAGUACUGGGGCACCAUCUGUUGUUCCAGCCCCUUCUCCGUCGAUUACUGUAGUCGAGGACGAUUGCCGUGAUCGAACAAAUCUUUGCUGGCGAUGGAUUGAUCGUUGUAAAUCAUUCUUCUUCGAACAAAUAAUGAAAGAAUUUUGUGCUCUUUCUUGUGGUUACUGUACUCCAAAAACUCUACAAACUGCGAAAGCAUCACCUCCAAACUACAGUAAUACAAUGCUUACCAAAUCGAGUACUUCAUAUCUUCAACAUGGUUGA